AUGGGCAGCGAUAUUUGUGCGUGUGCGGAUGAAAGGGAGGGAGUGGGUGGAUGGGGUAAGGGAUACGAUUGGGUAGGUUUGUAUGCUUUUGACGGAGUUAGUUGCCGAAUGGCAAAGGGGGAGGAGGAGGAAGUGAAACCAUCGUCAAGUGAUGCGAUCAUUGCAUCAUUGAUCAACGAAGUACGAAAAACGAAUGAGCCUUUCGAUGUGAAAAGUUUAAUUGGAGGAAAAAUUGAAGUUGCAACGAAAAGAGAAGUAGAAAGUGAUGGGAGCCUUUCAUCCGUACACGAAUAUAGCAAAAAAUCAAAGCGUCACAGGGACAAAAAAUCUAAAAAGAGCAAGAAGUCAAAGUAUAAAUUACGAUCAAAGUCGAAGUCACCAUCGCGCAAGAAAAAGAAACAUCGAAGUCGCAGUCGUUCUGCAAGUGUAGGAGAGAAAAUUUGUCAUGAAAGUUUUCAGAAGUUUGUUAAUUAUACUAUACCACCGUCUGUUGAAGCAGUUAUGGAAAAGAUCUCAGAUGAUGAAGAUGAUCUUCCUGUUGGUGCAGACUUCCUCAGUGUUAAUGCUAGCAGUUCAAAAAUGGAUAGAAAAACUGCGCUAUUUCAAGAUAUUUCUAGUGCUGCACAAAAUAAAACAAAAGAAUUUAAUGUUAAUGAAGAAGUGUUUCCUUUGGCUAAGAAGAAAAAGAAGUCUGAAAGUCCACCUGUAUUGAAAAAGCCACGACCUUUAUCGGAAAUACUAGCGAAGGUGCGAGCAGAAAGAGACAAUACAUUUGUACCACGUAAUAUCAAAUUGAAGCAAGAAAACGGAAAAAGUGUUAGCGGGUCAACUACAGGUGCAGUUAGUCAUACAAUUCCAAAGAGCGAUGAUAGUAGGCAUGAUGACGUUGAGUAUGGACCUAGACCACUGGAAGCUCUUGGGACACAGCCAAUCUCUGAGGACGAGGAUGAAUUGCUAUUAUCGCCUCUUAAAAUUAAACGUACUGAAACUUCAAAAUCCAUUAAAAUUGCCACCAUAAGCAAGGUACUAUUCAGUGAUGAGAGAAGAGGUCAGAUGGGAAAGGAUGGAGAAAUUCCAGUAAGCGAUGCAAGUGCGGGACCUUCUUUUUCAAAUGAUGACAAUGUUGACGAAUUGAUUGCUGAAAAACAUUUGAGAUCGGAACGAGGAAUGAGUGGAAAUGAAAGUGAGACAAGAAGAAAAACAGAUGAAAAGAAAAGAAAAAAAGAAAAGAAAGACAAGAAGUACGGGAAACGGUAUUCAAAGCGCAGCAGUUCGUUAUCAUCAGAUAGUGAAAAGGAAUGGAAACUUUUAGAAAAAAAAAAUAAAGUGAAAGGGCAUUUACGAUUCUCAGGACGAGAAUUUGACAAAGUUCGUAGGCGGCCUGGUAGUCUUUAUGUACAGUCGUAUUACGUAGAUAGUAACAAAAGAGUGCAUGAAGGUUCGAAAUGGCAAUGGAAUCGUGGAGAAAAAGAUGCCAAAGAAAGAACUAGUGCACUUCCUAUACACACACGUUCAAAAGGGUGGAGGCAAAUUCGCUCUGUGAGAAGCCCUUAUUCGGAGCGUAAGCGAAAAAGAUCACCAUCAAGUUCAUGUUCACGUUCACAUUCACGCACAAGGUCGUUAUCAGGUACUUCCUCACGAAGCUCGCAUUCAUCUCACUAUCGUAAAGUCCGAAGCUCAUAUCGUACUCAUAAUCAUUAUCAUUAUCACCGUGAUCGAGAAAGUAACAGUAAGCGGAGAAGUGAUGAUGAAUCAAGUGAUCAUAAAAUUGACAAAAAGAAAUUGCUGGAGAUUGCACAAAGAAAUGCCGCUCAGAUGGCUCAACUUGGUUAUUUACCGAAUGCCCCACUUGAAGCAAAAGCUCAACUGAAAGCAGGCGGACAAUCUGUAGAUCAACUUGUUGAUUUUUGUCAGAAAUUACAACGGUCACAAGAUAAGGCUGUACGUCGUGAAAAAGGUGAAUUAGUAUCGAGUGAUGAAGACUUAGCGCCGAGAAAGAAAAAAGGCGAAGAUGAUACUGAUUUCUUGAAACAUCCAUUUGCUUUGAAACCUACUGCUCCAAUCACUAUUAACAUUCCGAACUCGAUUCCACUUCCAAUUAAAACACCUGCACAAAGGACUUUAGAAGAAAGUCAGUUACGCAUUACUUAUCCAGUUUCUUCAGGGGCUCAACACCGAGAAAGAGAUAAUGGAUGGACACCGGUUAAAAAGGAAGAAGUACCAUCAGUGUGCAGUCCAGCACAGAAGGCAAAAUUGGCUGCAAUUCCCAAGGAGAAAGAGAAGGUUUUCAAUACAUUUGAAAUCGUAGCUGCCGAAUCAUUCGUGUUACCACCACCCCCAACACCGCCGAUAUUGGCGUCGUUUACACAGUCUGCUUCUUCUUUGUUGAAUUUGCCUCCACCCCCACCACCACCUGAUUUGUUUUCUGGUUCUUACAACACUUCACAUCAACAAAAUAAGUCUCCUUCUCUUGGCCUAAACUAUGGUAAUGUUGUCACAGUACCAGAGGAAGAAUCUGUAUUCAGGGAACCAGAACCCCUCCAUCAUACGCCGGCAAAUGUUGGCAGGGUGAUGGCAAAACGAAUAAAAGCAAGUAAGCUGUUAGCGAAAGAUCCGAAUGAUUAUGAAGCAAGACACCUGUUGAAAGAAGCUGAUGAUCAGGCAACUUUUUCUAUUAUCCAGAUAAUAACGGUUGUGAAAAAUGGUGAAUCCACUUUACAGAUAAGAGCUUGGGCUGAGAGUAAAAAGAAUUUGCCAGCAAAAUGUACUGGAUCCACUGGCGUGAAUAUAUUGAAGACUGAUCAGCUUGGCCUGGAUGAUCCGCGCUUCAGUGUUUGGGCAAAAAAGGAUUUUUUGAAGCAGACGAGUGCUGUGAACAGUGGUGUAGGUUUAAAAUUAAUGCAGAAGAUGGGUUGGACACCUGGUGAAGGUCUUGGAAAAGGGAGAGAUGGUCCUCUUGAGCCUCUGGUUUUGGAUAUCAAAUCGGACAGGAAAGGUUUGGUGGCAACAGAAGAACUUCCAGAAUCGAAGAAGUUACGUCCGAGUUCUGGAAAAAACUUCUCUGGGAAACAUCCGGUAUCUAUUCUUAUGGAACUUUGCUCAAAAAAACGAUGGCAUGCUCCACAGUUCACAUGUUUGGAAAGUGGGCCGUCAAAUAAUCGUAGAUUUCUAUGGAAGGCUGUUGUUAAUGGUGUUGAAUAUCAACCAUCUAUUCCAUCAACCAGUAAAAAGAUUGGGAAGGCUCAAGCAUGUCAGGUCGUUCUGCAGUCUUUGGGUCUGAUUCCGCGCGAUCCGUCAUUACCAGUUGUUUUGUGA